AUGGUUUCAUUCUGUGGUCUCCCUUCUUUCUUCCUUUCGUUUUCCUUCGUUUUGCUAUCGCCAUUCUCAAACUUCAUUGGCGCUCAAGAUCAAGAUUAUGAUUAUCCAAUUGCCACGCUUUCAAAACGGUGGACAAAUAACGCAGCUAGUGACUUCCCCCGACAUAGAGAUGGAUCGAUCGUGCAGGCAAUUCUUCUCCGAGCCAAAGAAGCUAAUAGCCCUGCCUUUGCCUGCGGCUUCUACUGUAAUGGUAACUGCAACUCUUACCUCUUUGCCAUUUUCAUCGUCCAAGUUGAUGAUAGUAUCGGCUCAAUUGCUUCGGCCAGUCCACAAGUAGUGUGGUCUGCCAACCGAAACAAUCCUGUAAAGAUCGGCGCAACGUUGGACCUCACGUCCGAAGGCGACUUGGUGUUGAAAGAUGUUGAUGGUACGAUUGCUUGGUCCACAAACACUUCCGGAAAGUCCGUUGUAGGCUUGAACUUGACAUAUUUGGGGAACCUCGUGUUGUUUAAUGACAAUGAAAUUGUUUGGCAGUCCUUUGAUCACCCAACCGACUCACUUGUCCUCGGACAAAAGUUGAGGGUGGGACAAAGAUUGAUGCCGAGUGUUUCCGAGACAAAUUGGACCAUUGACAGUAUGAUUACGCUUUCCGUAAAUGGUGAUGGUUUAUUUGCUCAAGUGGAGACUGAUCCUCCUCAGAUUUAUUUCAAGUCAAGGGGUCCAAAUUUGAAUGCAAGUAUCGAGUUUUCAUAUGUUGAAUUGGUAAACGGAAGCUUGUCUUGGUUCUCAAAUUCUACCUUGAAUAUGAGUUUGAUUUCAGUCCCUCAAACAUCUUCUGCACAAUUCAUAAAGCUGGGCUCGGAUGGGCAUUUGAAAAUAUAUGAUAGGUUUUAUGGGCUUGAAAAGGAACUUUUCGAAGCAGUUCUUAAAGACUGUGACUAUCCGACAGCGUGUGGACAAUAUGGAAUUUGCUCCAAUGGUCAAUGUAGUUGUCCAACUUUGAGUGGGCAGACGAUCUAUUUCCGGCAAGUAGAUGAUCAGCAGCCUCAUCUUGGGUGUUCCGAAAAUGUUCCAUUGUCUUGUGGGGCUUCACAUCAACAAAUUCUUCUGGAGCUCGAAAAUAUCACGUCUCUUAGUUUCACUCCAGAUCUCACGCACAAAGAUGCUUCAAGUUGUAAAGAGGCCUGUGCAAAGAAUUGUUCAUGCAAAGCAGCUAUAUUCCAGUAUGAAUGGAAUCACACUAACGGCAAUUGUUACUUACUAACUCAGGUCUUUUCACUUGUAAAUGCUGCCGAGUAUGUUUAUCCAAGUUAUACUACUUUCUUUAAAGUACAAAAUUUGCCUAAUGAAGCUCCUUAUACUCCGAUUGACAAUCAUACUCCGAUUGACAAUCAUACUCAGAUUGACAAUCAUAUGAGUAGCCAUCUCCCUACAAUACUUGCGUCUAGCCUUGGAGCUCUCUUUGUCAUGAUGAUUUUCAUUGUAGCCAUAGUUUUAUUUAUUCAAAAGAGAGAUGACAAUCAAGGAGAGGAAGAUUACCUUGAUCAAGCACCUGGAAUGCUCAAUAGAUUUGCAUACGGCAAUCUAAAAACCAUCACAAAUGAAUUCAGUAAAAAGCUUGGCGAAGGUGGUUUUGGUUCUGUUUUCGAAGGCACUCUAAGUGACGGCACAAAAGUUGCAGUAAAACGCCUUGAUGGUUUUGGGCAAGUUAAGAAAUCCUUUCUAGCUGAAGUAGAGACAAUCGGCAACAUCCAUCAUGUGAACUUGGUAAGACUCGUGGGAUUUUGCACUGAGAAAUCUCAAAGGCUCCUUAUCUAUGAAUACAUGUCGAAUGGGUCACUAGAUAGAUGGAUCUUUCACAAGUCCAGUGAAUAUAUUCUCGACUGGCAACAAAGGAAGAAUAUCAUUCUCAAUAUAGCAAAAGGCCUUAAUUAUCUUCAUGAAGAGUGCAGACAGAAGAUAGUUCACUUAGACAUUAAACCUCAAAAUAUCCUCUUAGAUGGAAAUUUCAAUGCUAAGGUUGCUGAUUUUGGAUUAUCCAAGUUGAUAGACAGGGACCAAAGCCAAGUCGUCACAACCAUGAGAGGAACUCCUGGUUAUUUGGCUCCCGAGUGGCUAAAUGCAACAAUCACUGAAAAGGUUGACGUGUAUAGCUUUGGCGUGGUAAUCUUGGAGAUAGUGUGUGGGAGAAAAAUCUUCGAUCGUUCUCUAGAUGAAGACGACAUGUAUUUACUGAGCCUUUUUAAGAGAAAGGUAGAAGAGGAACGAUUGCUAGACAUUGUGGAUAAGUCUAGCGAUGACAUGCAACUAAAUGGACCGCAUGCGGUGAAUAUGAUGAGGAUUGCCGCAUGGUGCUUGCAAGGAGACUAUAUAAAGAGACCUUCCAUGUCCAUGGUCAUCAAGGUGUUAGAAGGCACCGUGGAAGUUCAAGAAGACUUGGAUUAUGACUUCUCUGCUCCGCCUUCCACUAGUGGAGCAGCAAGAUUCGAUCCCAUGGACAUCGAAUUCAAUGCUACCACUGCAUUAUUACCCUCAGUUCUAAGCGGUCCACGAUGA